AUGAGCGACAAGGUAGUCGAGCCUCAGGAAUACCCCGAGAAGGAUCUCGGUCCCUUGGAGGAGGGCCAAGGCUUGGAAUCUCUAGCUCCGCUCGAGGAUAAAACCAAAGGCCGCUGGGAGCGCAGUUGGCCUACGAUUGCAUGUGGUGCUGGUCUGUUCUCCGAUGGAUAUCUCAAUGGCGUUAUUGGUCAAGUGAACACCAUCCUCAGCACGAUCUAUCCCGACACCUACAACAACUCCCCAGCCAGUAAGAAUGUCUCGGCCAUCGCUUUUGCCGGUACCGUCGUUGGUAUGCUUAUCUUCGGCUACACAAGUGACCAUUGGUCGCGUAAAUGGUCACUCAUGAUUUCGACUAUCAUCCUUUUCAUUUUUGCGGCUCUGUCGGCGGGAUCGUACGGUUACCAUGAUAGUCAGAAUGGCCUGUUUGCAGCUUUGACUGCCUAUCGAUUUUUCAUCGGUAUCGGUAUUGGUGGUGAAUAUCCUGCAGGUUCAGUCGCUUGUGCGGAGAACACCGGCGAGCUUAAGGAAGGUCACCGUAAUCGGUGGUUCAUCAUGUUCACCAACUUCCAGAUCGAUCUGGCCUUUGUGAUUUCGGCCUUUGUGCCUAUGGUCCUGUGUCUGAUUACUGGUCCAGAUCACUUGCGUGUGGCUUGGCGUAUCGCCUUGGGACUGGGUAUCAUUCCUCCUCUGAGUCUGGUUUGGCUUCGAUACAAGAUGGAGGAACCGGAGGAAUUCAACCGUCAGCGCAUGCGCAAGUUCCCUCUGACUUUGAUUAUCCGUUUCUACUGGAAGCGACUUGUAAGCAGUUACCAAGCCAGUUUAUUUCAGACUUUCAGUACUAACAAUAACCAGUUUAUUGUGUCAUUGAUCUGGUUCAUCUAUGACUUUUCAUCCUACUCCUUCGGCCUAUACUCCUCAAAAUGGCUGUCGCUUAUUUUGCCCUCGACUGCUCCGCUCUGGCAGACUUUCGGCUGGACCACUCUGAUCUAUCUCUUCUACAUCCCAGGCUCUAGUCUUGGAGCCUUCUUCAGUGACUGGAUUGGCCCUAAGCAGACUCUGGCCAUCGGAGUCGGUCUUCAGGGUAUUGUUGGCUUCAUCAUGUCUGGAUGCUAUGAAUGGCUUGCUACUACCGAGUAUCUGGGCGCUUUCAUCGUGGUUUAUGGUAUUUUCCUCGCUCUGGGUGAAUUCGGUCCUGGUGAUAACAUCGGUCUUUGUGCCGCCAAGACCAGUGCCACCGCCAUCCGUGGACAGUACUACUCAUAUGCGGCUGCCAUGGGCAAGAUUGGUGCUUUCGUGGGAACCUACGUUCUGCCUCUUGCCCAAGAAAAUGCCCCCAACAAGAUUCGGGCUGGCCAGGAUCCUUUCUUCAUUUCCAGCUCCCUGUGCAUCUUCAGUGCUUUCUUGGCUUGGUUCUGUCUCCCACAGAUUAACCAGGAUACUAUCACUGACGAGGACGAGAAGUUCCGUGACUUCCUGGCCCAGAACGGCUACGACACCACCACUAUGGGUAAUUGA